UUAUGAAAAGCUAUUUUAUUUUUGGACAAUUUAUUGUGCAUUAGAUAUACUUAUUAAUGUAAUUUUAAGCUUCAAUCAGUUUAGUAACGUGUAGCAGUCCAUAAAGAAGCUCUCCACUGGAUCAUGAGGAAAGCUGAGGUCCAGAUGACCCUGAAGAAGGGUGCUAAUGAAGAAGCAGGAGGAAUGGCACCUCCCAGCCCCAGGAUACCAUCGAAACGGGCAAAAGUUAGUUCUGAUCAGGUUGUACCAGACCCUGCUGCUUCCGUCUACCCUACCCCAACUCCUCCGGUGUUCAUCCGGAAGAUGAGGAACGCUGCGGUUGGUACUGGCUGUGAUAUCCGUCUGAAAGUGGCCGUGGCUGGAGACCCACAACCUACCCUCUACUGGUACCACAAUGAUGACCUGCUCAACAUGGAUAACCAGGAAUAUGGAGGCCUGUGGAUCAGGGACUGCAAACCCAGUGAUGCCGGCCUCUAUACCUGCAUCGCCACCAACAAUCUUGGAGAGGCCAGAAGCAGUGCUGUCCUAGCCGUUUUGGAUUUGGGUGAAGACUCUGAGACUACAGAAGACGAAGCCGCUGAGCCACAAAUACCCCUGGAAGCUAAAGAAGGAGCCAGAGGUUUUCAGGAUGAGGCCCAACGAGUGCCUGCAGGUGAGAGAAUGAUGGAUGUCGCCCCAGAUGCAAGCGAUCGCUGGGCCGCCGGUGAGACCACAGUGUUGGAGAAAGAAGGUCUAGCCCUGGGAUCAAGAGCUCCGGGGCCGCAGUCAGCCAGGAGCCCAUCUGAAGAAGUUUUGAGGGAAUCUCCCCCUCAAGUCCUACCACCCCCUUCCCCCAAAAUUGGCCGCUCUACUGCCUCUCCUUUGCUCAGCCGUUCUGGUUCAGCCCCUGCCACACCCCUAGCCCCACGCAAGAAAGUUGUCGUGCCAACUGAAUAUCAAGACACAGUACCAGGAGAGUUUGAGGAGAAGAUAAAGCAACCCAAAUCCUCAGGCAUGUCUCAGAGUAGUGCUCAAGACUCUCGACCCCAAACCCCUGUCAGCGAGUAUUCCCGUAAGGAACUUACACCUCGGCCCUCACCAAAACUGACAAGAGCUAGCUCCAAGAUCUUUGAGAAGGUGCGAGUCUUUGAAGAGCGCAGAAGAAGUAUCGAUAACCCAGAGGGAUCUAUAUCCGGACGCUCUUGGGCUGGAUUUAAUAGAGCCUCGUCUAUUGACUCUGAUGAAGGAGGGAGCCGGUUGGGAAUCUCGAGGGAGAGCUCCAAAGAAGACCUUCGUGAGGCUCUGAAGGCAGACGCAGCCCAGAGAAGGACCAUGUUCAAACAGCGGGCUGCUUCCCUGGAGGACAGACCCCGUUACACCCAAAAGGUGCAGGACAUUGAGAACAAGUUCACAGAGGAGCUCCAGCGCAUCAAAAAGCUUGUCGGUAAACCACACAUGAAGAAAUCCUUCUCAACAGAGCAGCUCUCUACUUUUCGCAGGAGCAGGCAGCCUGUAAGAAAGUUAGAGCCCAUCCCACCUCAGGUUCUUCAAAAGCUGCAGGAUAGAGAGCAUGCUCAGCGAGAACAAGAGAUGAGAGAGAGAGGACAACCAAAAGAACUAUCACCUCCAAAAUCACCAUCUCGCAGACGAAAAGACCAGCUGGCACAACAGUCACUGGAAAAAGUUAAAAGUGAUCGGUCCGUCCCAACCACCAAGUUGGUAAGCACAUUUGGACAAGAACCAUCCCCUCCAGAGGCCAUGUCACUCUCUGAUUUACCUGGACAAAGAUCUCCAAGACUUUGGGGUCCAAGCCCGAGCAGAGAUAGUCCCCGAAGGUCUCCAACUGUAGAGAUUACUGCCAUGGCUGAAGAGCGCUCUCGAGGUAGAUCUGAAUCACCAUCCCGAAAUAUCUUAGAGAUGACAUUACGCAAGGUGGAACCAAGACCUGCAAGUCCACUAGUAAAGAGGGUUGUUCGUGUUCAGGAAGUUCCACAAGCAGAUGAUGAGUCCAUGCAUAGGAAGACGCCAAUAGAGGUCACGCUGAGAAAACUGGAAAGAAGGCCUGAAAGUCCUCUGGUGCAAGGAGAAACUGUAGCUAUUCAAGAAUGUCUUGUCCAAGCUCCCCCCAAACCUCCAAGAGUUUCCUCAUCUUCCUCAUCUGAGGAAAAGAUGGAGCUGGAUGUGACUCCUUUGCCACCGGCACCAAAGCUCACUAUACCAAAAAUUAUUGUUGAAGAGGAGCCAAUGGAGACGGACACACCUGCAGAAAAGACUGAAAAGUCUAAGAAAAGUGGCACUGCUAAAGAGGAAAAACCCCAAAGAAGCAGAGGAAGAGGACGCAGACAAAGACCAAUGUCCCCUGAAUUUGAAUCUUCAGACGACUCGUACGUGUCUGCAGGAGAGGAUCCUCUAGAGGCUCCUGUGUUUGAGUUUCCACUUCAGGACACUGUGGCCUUUACUGGAACAGAGGUGCUUUUAAAAUGCAUCAUCAGUGGCACCCCUCGUCCAGAAGUUACAUGGAAGAGAGUCAACACUGAGAUCAAGAACAGCCCAACUCAUGUUGUGAAGGUAGAGGGAGAAAGGCAUUCAUUGCUCCUCAAAUGGACAAAGCCAAUUGAUGCAGGAACAUACACAGUUACUGCUACUAACGAGGUCGGCGAGGUGUCCAGCAGCGCUACACUUUUCAUCAAAUCAGAGCCCAGUCAGGACCAGCGUGGGAACCUUGGUGUACCCAUGGACGUCAGCAGUCCCAUCACAUCUGAUGAGGAGUACCUCAGUCCUCUUGAGGAGGGGAUGGAUUUCUCCUCCUACAGGGGACCUGAGCCGAGGAAGAUCGUGGAUACUCGAUUCAAGGAGCCUCCAUCAUUUCAGGUUUUUAUUGGAGACCAAACAGUUAUAGAGGGUCAAGAGGUGAAAAUGUCUGUUCGAGUGAGUGGACAGCCUAAACCCAUGCUUUACUGGCUGAGAGACAGAGUAACCAUUAAAACGGGUGCACGGCAUAUCGCCCAUGAGACAGAAGAGGGCAACUUUGAAAUGAUAAUUAAAUCGGCACAGAAGUCAGACUCUGGUGUUUACACCUGCAAGAUCAUCAACGAGUAUGGGACUAAACAGUGUGAGGGCAAACUGGAGGUGAAAGCUCGUCCAAUAGAGCCAGGCCUGGCCAUCAUUCGGCCUGUGAGGGACGUGAUGGUGAAGGCAGGGGAGACUGCCUUGUUCGAGUGUCAUGUGAUCGGCCCACAGGACACAGAUGUUGAUUGGCUGUCAGAUGGGAAACUCAUCCAACCAGCUCUGUUGAACUGUAAGAUGCACUUUGACGGGAAAAGGUGCAGGCUGCUGCUUAACUCUGUACAUGAGGAUGACAGUGGAACAUACACGUGCAAACUGAGCACAGCCAAAGAGGAGCUGACCUCUAGUGCCAAGCUAAAGGUGGUAGCAUCCAUAGAGCCCCUCUUCACCCGUAAGCUGGAUGUACUAGAAGUUAUAGAGGGUCGUAAUGCUCGAUUUGACUGCAAGGUCAGUGGGACGCCACCUCCUCAGGUCAUCUGGAGCCACUUUGAUCAUCCGUUGGAGGAAAGCGAAGACAUUCGGAUCGUAAAAGAAGGUGGACGGCACUCAUUAAUCAUCUCUCAUGUUAAUAAUGAAGAUGAGGGUCUCUACACAGUAGUAGCACAGAACUCACACGGAGAGGCUGAGUGCGCAGCGGAGCUAUAUGUGCAGGAGCCCAGACCAGCAAUAUCCUCUCAAAUAGCAAAGCUGGAAAAAAUGCCCUCCAUUCCUGAGGAACCUGAGGUGCCUGAGAAUGAGGUGGAACGUUUCACCAUGCCUGACUUUGUCAAGCCGCUCUAUGAUCUGGAUGUAGUUGAGGGCAGAGAGGCUGUGCUCAGGUGCAAAGUGGCUGGCCUGCCAUACCCAACUAUAAUCUGGUUUCACAAUGGCAAGAGGAUUGACAGCACAGAGGACAGAAAAAUGACACAGUUCAGAGAUGUUCACAGCCUGGUGAUCCGCUCUGUUUGUCAUGCCCACGGAGGAGUUUACAAGUGUGUCAUUUCCAAUAAGAUGGGCAAGGCCACCUGCUAUGCCCAUCUUUAUGUGACAGACAUCCUUCCUGACCCGCCAGAUGGGGCCCCAGUCAUUGAGUCCAUCACUGGCAAGACUAUCACACUAAGCUGGAAGAAACCCAGAAGACUGGAUCCGUCCAUUGAUCCUAGCUCCCUGAUGUAUGCUGUUCAGCAGCAAGCUCUAGGGUCAAUCCAGUGGACCAUCAUCGCUUCUUGCCUGAAACAGACCACCUAUACCAUUACCAAUCUGUCUAAAGGUGUCCGCUACGCCUUCAGGGUGCUAUCAAUCACCAGCAAGGCCUUUAGCAAGCCAUCACCUGCCACCGAGCCAGUGCAGCUGCUAGAUAGAGGUCCGUACCUCCAGGAGGCUCCUGUAAUUACUGACAAGCCGGACAUUGUAUAUAUGGUGGAGAAGCAGCCCUUAAGCAUCACAGUCACUCUCAACCAUGUCAAUGCAUCGGUCACAUGGAAGAGAGGAGGAGUGACAUUGUCUAACAGACUGGGUCUGUUUGAGUUGAGCAUGCCUGAUGAUGACCAGCAUACACUGAAUCUGUGCAAGGUAAAGAGCAGUGAUGUUGGUCAGCUCACCUGCAUCGCCAGCAACAAGUAUGGCAGCGACUCCUGCACCCUAACCCUGGAAAUGGCAGUGGCGCCAACUUUUGAGACCAUCAUGGAAGACCUGGAGGUGAAUGUAGGCGAGACUCCUCGUUUUGCAGUGGUGGUUGAAGGAAAGCCCGUCCCCGACAUCCUUUGGUACAAGGGAGACACCCUGCUGUCCGAAAGCAGCCAUUUCACAUUUGUGUACGAUGACAAUGAAUGUUCUCUAGUGGUACUGAACACUCAAGCCGAUGACUCAGGAGUUUACACCUGUACUGCUAAGAAUCUGGCCGGUUCUGUGUCCUGCAAGGCUGAGCUGACUGUCCACAUCGUUAAAGAGUACAAAGACGACCCCAUGGUGGAUGAGGCGUCCAUCCUAAGAAAGAUGCGGAGGCUCACUGAUUACUAUGAUGUGCACAAGGAAAUUGGGAGAGGGGCGUUCUCAUAUGUGAAACGAGUGAUACAGAAGGCGGGAAAGAUUGAAUAUGCAGCCAAGUUCAUUUCUGCUCGGGCUAAACGGAAGGCCUCCGCUCUGAGAGAGCUGAACAUCCUGUCUCAUCUAGACCAUGAGAGGAUCCUCUACUUUCACGAUGCCUUUGAGAAGAAGAAUGCAGUCAUCAUCAUUACAGAGCUAUGCCAUGAGGAGCUUCUCGAAAGGCUCACAAAGAAAUCAACAGUAAUGGAGUCAGAGAUCCGAUCCAGCGUGAGGCAGCUGUUGGAGGGUAUUAGCUAUCUUGAUCAGCAUGACAUACUUCAUCUAGACAUAAAGCCUGAUAAUAUCCUCAUGGCAGACCCUAGUAGUGAUCAGAUCCGCAUAUGUGAUUUUGGAAAUGCUGUAAAGUGCACGCCUGAUGAGGCACAGUACUGCAAAUAUGGCACUCCAGAAUUUGUCGCCCCAGAGAUUGUUAACCAGACACCCGUCUCCAAGGCAACGGACAUCUGGCCUGUUGGAGUUCUAACAUACUUAUGUCUCACUGGAGUUUCUCCUUUCGCUGGAAAAAACGACCGCAGUUCUGUUCUCAACAUCAGGAACUAUAAUGUGGCUUUUGAAGAAAGCAUGUUUACCGACCUCUGCCAUGAAGCUAAGGGAUUCGUCAUCAAACUGCUGGUGGCUGAUAGAUUGAGACCUGAUGCUAAUGAAUGUCUUCGGCACCCCUGGUUCAAGACCCUGGAUAAGGGUAAGAGCAUCAGCACAGAUUCACUUAAAAAGUUUUUGUCCAGAAGAAAAUGGCAGCGAUCUCUUAUCAGCUAUAAAUCUAAGAUGGUGAUGAGGUCUAUAGCCGAGUUACUGGAUGACUUCUCAGGCCAUAUUUCCAUUGCUGUUCCACGACAUCUGAAACAAGGCUCACCACCACCUUCAUCAUCUUCAGAUUCAGAUGAAGACAUUGAUGAGCUGCCUUUUAUCCCAAUGCCCAUAAACAUGGAAUUCUCAGGUUCUAGAAUGUCACUGACUGAAAUUGUAGGGGAUGAUGAAAUGACCGGUAGACCGAAUGGAAAUGCUGUGAAGCCUGCUUCUAGCCAUCAGAUGUCAGAGCCCAUGGAAGUGGAGACGUCAGAGAGAGAGGGUGGAGAUGCAGCUGCUAGGGGUAGAGCCAGGAAGAGGUCAACGCAAGAAGAUGAAAAAGGCUCAUCUGAUGAAGAACCAGCAGAAUUGGCCAAAAGAGCCGAACAGGCAAAGAGACCAAUGCGCAGAGGUUCAAGUAUGGAGUCAGAUGAGCCUGAGGGAGUGCGUCGCAGAGGAGAGUUACGCAGAGGGAGCUCGGCUGACAGUGCCCUACAGCUCCACAUCAAAACAGAGGAGGGCACAGAAGAAAACUCUACCGAUGGAAGUAGAAUUCUACAAAAGUCAGUAUCUAUGGAGCUUCCAAGGAGAAGCCCAAGUCCAGGAGCUGCAAAGCUGAGCCAGGAAGACUAUGCCCUGAAAUUGGAACUGAUGAGGCAGAGACUUCUCAGGGGUGGCUCUGUAGACAACAAGAUGAGUGGAUUACGAGGCCCAUUGCUAGAGACAUUAGGUAUGGGGGAUGAGAAGCGCUAUGUGCGGGGGUCUCGCCUUGGUAACUCUCCACUUGUUAGAGCGGCAUCCAGUGAGUCUCCUAGGGAUGACAUCCCAAAGACGAAGAUACUCCGCAAGAGUGCUUCCUUUAGCCAGGGUGAUUCAGAGCCCAUGCCCCUGCACCGACGGAUGGGAGCACCUCUAGAGAUCCCACUUGCACAAAUAGAAGAGAGACGACUGCAGGAAGCUGUAUCUAUGUCUGCUCUCACAGAGCCAGUGAAGGAUUCUCGCCCUGUCACCCUAAAAAUUCAUAUGCCAGAUCCAGAGAGACAUGAGGAAGAGAAAAUUGAGGAAAAAGAGUCAGCAGUCUACAAGGACAAUAAAUCUAAAGAAGUCAUUGUUGUGUCAAAGACUAAUGCAGAUGUAUCCAGAAGUGUUGAUCAGAAAUCUUGGGAGACUGAUGCACAAGAGAAUGUCCAGGGCAAGUUAGAGGAGCUCAGUGAAGAGUCUGAAAAAGUGGAUGAAAUUAAGCUGAAGACCCCCAUAGCAGAGGAAACAAUUGAGGAAGAGGAGGAAAGAGAGGAUGAAGAACCAGAGAAAGAAGUGGAGCCUCUUGCUCCAGAGAUUGAGGUUAAAGAAGUUGAGGGUGAUGUAAAGGCAUCACCAAAGUCUCCAGAGAUCACCAUUUCCACCAGCUCCAUCAUAGUGACCCCAAUAGCUGCCCCAGCUCUCAGCCCCCAGAGUGUUGUCUCAACCUAUGUGACUCCAUCGCUCCCUGCACGUACAGUGCUCCCAGAUGGUAGGGUGUCUGCAUAUGCCAGUAUCAUGCAGACUAUUAUGGUACCAUCAGUCCAGACAUCCAGCCAACCCGAUCCUGUUCCUGUACCUACACCUACAACAACAUCCACCCCACCAUCAGUUCCAGUCUAUGCACCCAUUUCCAGACACAUCUCUGAACCAACCCUUUUGUCAACUUCUUCAUCCAAACCAGACCUUCACCAAACCACUGAACAUCCUGCAGUCUUUUCUCGGGUUGCCUCAACAGAACAUCCUCCUAAAGAGCCAAGUCCUCCUAAGACUCCCACUCGUGCCUCCCCUAAGCGAGAGCCGUCUCCUGGAUGCAACAUUCGGGACCUUGCAUCUGAAGAAGUCUUUGAAGCUCGCUUCAAGAAGCGUGAGUCCUCUCUAACUCGUAGUCUUAAACGCUUCUCAUUCCAGAAGACUGAAGAAAAGCCUUCCACUGUUGCUCCAGAAACUGCAGAAGAAAUGUAUCGCCCAGGGCCAAUUGGUGCACCUUUACAAUUUGUACCAAGGAGGUUGGAGGAGAAGUCCAAGUCAGUUCAGGAUCUUCGUGAGGCAGAGAAGGACCCUGGGUUCAUGAGGAGACUCUCAAUGCGCUUGAAAAGAACCCCAUCAGUAGAGAGGCAGGAAGUGAAGCUCAAAGAGGAGGAAGCUUUAGCACCCAGGCGUCGUCUGUCCUGGGCACUGGGAAGGAGAGGAUCCCAAGAAAAGAAAGAGAUUGAGAUGGUGAGGUUGGAUGGAGGUCCUGAGCCUCCCCCAGAGCCUGAGUCCAAAGCACCCUCAGAGUCACCGAUCCUUGCCAUGCGCAAGAAGAUUGGCAGUACCAUGGCAAGCCUAUCAACAAGGAUUAGGAGCCACUCUGAGGAAAGGAAAGCUGAUAAUGAAAGCAAGAUGGAGAAGAGGACACCUAUAUUUACAAAAAUGCGGCGUUCCACCUCAGAGGGUAGCAGUCUGAAGAGGAUGGGUGUUCCACAGAAUCAACUGGCUGCCCAAUCAGGGAAAGGGACGUCAUCAGAAUCUCUCGAUUCCAUGUCAAGCAUCCAGUCAGAAUCAGCUGUUAAAUGUGCAGAAAUCGAGCGCAGAUCACGAUGGGAUCGCUGGGGGUUGACAAUGGGAAAAAGAGACAAGACGGUUUCCCAACCAGACAUCCCAGCUUCCAUUGCCAGGGAGAAUGGCUCUCUCCGCUCUCGCCAGUACACACGUCUAACAUCUGACUUCCCUCCUGUGUUCCAUAUCAAACUAAGGGAUCACGUUCUCUUGGAGGGAGAUCCCGUCACUCUCAGCUGCCUCCCUGCUGGCAGUCCUCACCCACGCAUCUCAUGGAUGAAAGAUAAGAAGCCACUUGAAAUCGACCCAAGGAUGAACAUGAUAUCCUGUCCUGACGGGAGACAGCUGCUGAUGAUUAUGAAGACCACCAAGAAGGAUGCAGGCCUUUAUGAAUGUGUGGCUUCAAAUGCACUGGCCUCUGUCACCAGCUCAUGCGUCGUGUCCCUUGCGCGUCUGCCUAAUAGCCCUGGGACUCCUGAGGUUCCUCAGAAGUAUAAAAACACUGCUCUGGUGGUAUGGAGACCCUCAGACACCAUGGCACCGUGCACCUACUCUCUGGAGAGGAAGACAGAGGGUGAGACUAACUGGCUGAUAGUAGCCACAGGUGUGGCUGACUGUUACUACAAUGUCACGGACCUUCCAACUUGUGCAGCAUACAGGUUCAGAGUGGCCUGUGUGAACAAGGCUGGCCAGGGACCUUACAGCAAUCUGUCUGAAAAAGUUGUCCUGGACUCAACAGCACCCCAAAAGUCCAGUGGAACAGUUGUUGUCAAGACACUUUCAUCAGCUCCGGCUGCUGCGCCUACAGUGGUAACAUCCACCAUGACUUUACCUGCAAUGAAGCCUGCUGCCAUUAAACAGGCUGCAGCACCACCGGUGACUUCAGCGCCCUCUACAAUCCAGCCGGUAAAGCCUGUGUCUCCACUUGCUGCACCUGCAUCAGCUACGACACCUUCCCCUGCCACCCUUCCCCCGAGUCAUCGUACUGUGCCUGAUAUCCGAACUCCAUCCCCUAGUGCUCCUACCUCAGCGAAAGCUAAGACUACUCUCAACAUCACUAUGGCCAAACCCUCCCCAGCAUCCCCUGCAGCUCAACCUCCUCCUGCCAAACCCUCACCACCUGUCGUUCUGCCCAAACCUCAGACCCCAGUCAAUGCGGUCUCCCCCCCUCCUCAAACCCCUCCGGUGUCCCCGCCCCCUCUGGUCUCCCCUCCGCCUGCUAUCGGCAAGCCUAUCUCCUCAGUGCCUAUGUAUGUCCCGGCCACCACCACAGCACAUGUGACUCCAGUCACCCCAAACACGCCUUCUCCUGCCCUGUCACCACCGGUGGUGUUAGUUACAAGUCUGAGUCCCAUAGGGGAGGGUACUGGCACACCCAAUCGUAUGACUCCAAGUGGAAGAGCCACUCCUUCUGGACGCAUCACUCCUACAGGGUGCAGGACCCCUAUAGGAAAACCUGGAGACUCGACCCUAAGGCAGGGAGUCCCACAGAAACCGUACACAUUCAUGGAUGAGAAAGCAAGAGGUCGUUUUGGUGUGAUCAGAGAGUGUCGGGAAAAUGCCACCGGUAACCUGUACAUGGCCAAGAUUGUGCCGUAUGAACCUGAGAGCAAGCAGGCCGUGUUACAGGAGUAUGACAUACUGAAGUCCCUCCAUCAUGAGAAGGUCAUGGCUCUGCAUGAGGCCUACGUCACCCCACGCUACCUAGUGCUCAUCUCUGAGUGCUGCUCAGGGAAAGAGCUGCUCUAUAGUCUGAUUGACAGGUUCCGAUACUCCGAGGAUGACGUGGUGGCGUAUGUUGUACAGAUACUUCAGGGUCUAGACUACCUGCACAGCCGGAGAAUCCUGCAUCUGGAUAUCAAACCAGACAAUAUCAUUGUAACUUACAUGAAUGUGGUUAAGAUAAUUGAUUUUGGUAGUGCACACACCUUCAAUCCACUGUUCCUGAAGCAGUUCUCCCCACCCAUUGGAACACUGGAUUACAUGUCUCCUGAGAUGUUGAAAGGAGAUGUGGUGGGUCCACCGGCUGACAUCUGGAGCGUUGGCGUAUUGACUUAUAUCAUGCUCAGCGGGAGACUGCCGUUUACUGAGAAUGACCCUGCUGAGACAGAGGCCAGAAUUCAGGCAGCCAAGUUUGACCUCAGUAAGCUCUACCAAAAUGUGUCCCAAAGUGCCUCUCUGUUCCUCAAGAAGAUCCUGUGCAGCUACCCUUGGGCCCGUCCUACCAUUAAGGACUGCUUUAACAACUCCUGGCUGCAGGACGCUUAUCUAAUGAGACUGCGGAGACAGACUCUCACAUUUACCACCACACGCCUCAAGGAGUUCCUGGAGCAGCAGCAGCAGGUCAGGGCCGAGGUGGUAACAAAGCACAAAGUCCUUCUACGUUCCUACCAAAGCACUCCACAAACCCCAACUACCCCCUCAACACCCGGUACCCCUGCAGCACCCAUCUCUCAGUGAGCUCCAGCACAGGAUGUCCUCCAGAGAGAUGAGAAGACGGCUCCAGGGUUCUCCAGGAUAAGGACAGAGAGAGACACAGCCUCAGGACAUCCCAGCACCUCUAAGCUGCCCUCGGUGGGCCCUUAGGGAGCCGGUUAACAUAUGGUUUGUGUUAGAAUAUCAAGCACAGGAUCUUUUGGUCUCAACACCUGAGGUCAGUUCUGAGACAAGAAACACACACACACACACACACAAAACCUCUCGUCUAAAAGCGUAAUGGAUUUCAGCACAUUUACCUCCGUUAGCCAGCAUGCACAGUGCAGUUGUGUUUUUGUCCAGGACGAUGUCCUUACUUUAAGCUCUCCCAUCCAACACUUUUUUUCUUAUGACUUUUUGACAAACCAAUUUUAGCAUUGGAUCCCCCUGUGGUUGGAUGGACCCAUCGUGGUUGAGAAGAGUGACUGUAUUUCAUAUACAAAGAUCAAGAAGACAGCGAUCUAGUCCAUCACUUGACGCAAAAAAUGUCAUGUCAAUGUGUAUUUUUUUGUGGUGUCUUCCAAUUGUGAACCAGGGCCUUGAGAUUUGUGGAAAAUGGUGUAUAUCUUUUUUUGAACUAGUUUUUAUGGCAUAAGUAAUACUUUUAUUACUGCUAGUUGUUAUACUGUAGUGAUUAUCAGUGUAUAUGAAAACUAUUGACUGAAAUCAUGUUGAGCACUCUAGUUCUUACUCUAGUGCCGUCAGACAAGAGGCUUUUUGUCUUUUACUAAAGUGUUUUGACCUAAAGUGGACUGAUUUUAUUGUAAUAUUGAAAGGCCUCACAGCUUUAGGGAGUGACUUUUUGCAAGAAUUCCCAGUGCAUUGAAGCUCAUAUGGUUUGGCUUUCCCUGACACCUAACAAACUCAACUUUUGAUAUGUUGCGGUCUUUGUGUUUAACACCGGGAAUGUAUUAUAUAUUGCAGAUUUCAGUGUAGCAUACGCAUGCAUCAGUACAAAUUCCUCUUCAUAGCGUAUGGUUUUAGGAGAAAACUCAGUCCCUUUGAAUGCAAGAGAACGGUAUAACGGCCAAAUUGCAGAGUGAACUCAAUUCUGUACUCUAGCGCUAAUUGUCCUCAUGCAGAGAUCAGCUGGUUCAAGAUGUGCCUGGAAAAAUACCUAUUGAUCAAUGGAUGGAACGGAAAUGUCUCCGAAAAGUGGCAUUUUUUUUUCUCUGAAGGGACUAGAAUAUGUUGUAAAACAUGUUGGCUGCUGCAUUGAAUGUUUAUGAGAAUCUUAAGUAUGUUAUUUGAAAGUUUUUGCUGUAAGAUUAAUUUAUUCCCCAUGAAUAAGAAUCAUUUUAUGGUCAUGAUUAUCAUAAUCAUGACCAUAAAAUCAUAAUCUUUGCUCAAUUAAAAAUAAUAUUGUUUAUCUAAA